AUGGCUGCUGAAAUCCCAAAGAUGCAAUGGGCUCAGGUCAUCGAGAAGACCGGCGGUCCAGUCGAGUACAAGCAGAUUCCUGUCCAACAGCCCGGCCCGGAUGAGGUCCUGGUCAACAUCAAGUAUUCCGGUGUUUGCCACACGGAUCUCCACGCUGUCAAUGGCGAUUGGCCCCUGCCCACCAAGCUACCACUUGUUGGUGGACACGAGGGAGCUGGUGUUGUUGUUGCUCGGGGAGAGCUUGUGAAGGAUGUUGAGAUUGGCGACCAUGCCGGUGUGAAGUGGCUGAACGGCUCCUGCCUCGCCUGUGACUUCUGUCAGCAAGCCGACGAGCCUCUCUGCGGCAAGGCCCUCCUCUCCGGCUACACCGUUGACGGCUCCUUCCAGCAAUACUGCAUCGCCAAAGCGGCGCACGUCGCCCGCAUACCCAAGGAUGUACCCCUUGACGCCAUUGCCCCCGUUCUCUGCGCCGGUAUCACCGUCUAUAAGGGCCUGAAGGAGUCUGGCGCCCGGCCAGGACAGACUGUCGCCAUCGUCGGUGCUGGUGGUGGUCUUGGAUCUUUGGCCCAGCAGUAUGCCCGGGCUAUGGGUCUCCGAGUCAUUGCCAUUGACACGGGCGACGAGAAGAAGAAGAUGUGUCUCGAGCAGCUCGGUGCCGAAUCCUUCGUUGACUUCAUGAAGUCCUCCAACGUCGUCAAGGACGUUCAAGCCGCAACCCAAGACGGCCUUGGCCCACACGCUGUUAUCCUCGUAGCUGUCAACGAGAAGCCUUUCCAGCAAGCCGCCGAAUACGUCCGUCCCCGUGGAACCGUCAUCUGCAUUGGUCUGCCCGCCGGCGCCUAUCUCAAGGCCCCUGUGUUCGACUCUGUCAUCAAGAUGAUCACCAUCAAGGGGUCUUAUGUCGGCAACCGUAAGGACUCGGCUGAGGCUAUUGAGUUCUACCGUCGUGGUGUCAUCAAGUCGCCAUUUAAGGUUGUCGGCUUGUCUGAGCUCCAGAUGGUGUAUGAUAAGAUGAUUCGUGGUGAGAUUGCUGGCCGGUACGUCUUGGACACAUCGAAGUAA